AGUUAUAUACUCUCAUAUUCAUAAGUUUGAAUUGUAUUUUUGAGAAAGUAUACUUUCUUUCUACACCGGCUAAGUUUUGUUCUUCAUUUUUAUAUUCUAGCCGUUGUGUAGAAUCCUCUUUUGUGUUCUUCAAACACACCUUCUUACGGUCGAGAAUAGCCGUUAAAUUCUCACGUUGUAACGGUCAAGGAUAGCCGUAUAAAUCCUUGGGUAAAGGUUCAAGGAUAACCUUUGAAAUCCUUGGGGGAACGGAUUAUCUUCGGAGGACAAGAGGAAACUAUCCAUGAACGCAAAGGCAAUCAAUAUUCUCCAUUGCUCUCUCGGCCCCGAUGAGUUUGCACGAGUAUGUUCAUGCAAAACGGCCAAAGAGGUAUGGGACUUGCUACAAGCUACUCAUGAAGGCGACGUCUCAACUAAGCAAACAAUGAUUGCCCUUGGGAAUUCGGAAUACGAAUCCUUCAAGAAAGGGCCAUGUGAGACAAUCCAAGACAUGAACAAGAGGUUCAACGAGAUUGUCAACAAAUUGAGUUAGUUGGGUAAGACAUAUACUACUUCCGAGCUUAAUACGAAAAUUCUAUUUUCUUUACUUAAAGAAUGGCAUAGUAGUAUAGUGGAUUUAUUACCCAAAUGUGAUAUGGCCGAAACCGCCCACAUUUGGUCUUCCUUGUAUUCUCACGAACUUUUGUUGAGAAAGAUCAAAGAGGAAGAAAUGCGUGAAAAUCCC